AUGACAUCCUCUUACGUUUUAAUUUCCGAGGAGUUGAUGGAAGACAUGUUCGAGAUCAGUUUCACAGUCAUCGAACAUGGGGUUUCACCAUUCACCGGGCUUCCUCGAAGGAUACCUCUUGAAGUGUUUGAAUCUCCAAUCACAAUGCCAUGUGAAGAAUUAAUUCGAGAUGUUCCAUUAUUUCUUCGUCAAAACGUAGCCAACUAUAUUUCCGAAAACAAUAUUGAGCCAUUGGCUUCUGAAAUCAUAUCUUAUUACCAACAAGUAGUCCAACGUACCGCCAUUAAUGGAACUACUCGUUAUUAUCACCACUUAAUACCUCUGAUCGUGUAUCUUGAUGUCAAUACUACUUCUGAUCAUGGCUUAAUUCCUUUGUCUUUUCAUCUUCAAACUACUGCUCUAUAUGCAGAUAAUGAGUACGAUGAAUAUAUGGUAUAUACAGAAAUUUAUCAUCCCACAGAGCCAUCUAUUCAUCAUCAACAAUCUUCUGAUUCUGAUGAAUCAACAGAAGUGAAUCAAGUCAUAGAGCAAUCCAUGCAACAACUGUUUAUAGUUCCAGCAGCAGAAAAAGCUAUGGCCUUACUUAAGAGGAUGGAAUUGUCCAGUGAUGACAUGAAGACAAGCCAAUGUAGCAUUUGCUUAGAAAGUUUUGAUGAUGAUGAUGAAGAUGUUUCAGCUUUGCCUUGUCACCAUUUUUUUCAUAAUGAUUGUAUUGCAAAAUGGCUAAAAACAGGCCAUACAUGUCCGUUGUGUCGCUUUCAAUUCCCUGUAGAGUAA